AUGCUUUUCAAUCAGGCUUUGAAAGAUACAAUUGAUACUGACGUUACCGAUAUGGAGGGUACUGAUACAGAUACCGAUGCCACUGAUUUUGAUGCUACCGAAAAUUUAGCGAUUACCAGAGGGAAUAGCUUGGAGGCUACAAUGGCAGAAGCAAAACAGAAGAAGACAGCCGGACGUGGGGAUACUACAAAUGAUCGCGCUACAGCGGCGACAGCUCCCACCCGGAAGAAGACAACCGGACGUGGAGAUGCUGCAAAUGAUCGUGCUACAGCGGCGACAGCUCCCACCCGGAAGAAUACAGCCGGACGUGGGGAUACUACAAAUGAUCGCGCUACAACAGCGACAGCUCCCACCCGGAAGAAUACAGCCGGACGUGGGGAUACUACAAAUGAUCGCGCUACAACAGCGACAGCUCCCACCCGGAAGAAGACAGCCGGACGUGGGGAUACUACAAAUGAUCGCGCUACAACAGCGACAGCUCCCACCCGGAAGAAGACAACCGGACGUGGAGAUGCUGCAAAUGAUCGUGCUACAGCGGCGACAGCUCCCACCCGGAAGAAGACAACCGGACGUGGAGAUGCUGCAAAUGAUCGUGUUACAGCGGCGACAGCUCCCACCCGGAAGAAGACAACCGGACGUGGAGAUGCUGCAAAUGAUCGCGCUACUACGGCGACAGCUCCCGUCCAGGAAAGGAAGGAGAACGCCAGAGAGACUAUCUUCCCUACAUCCAUGGACUUAUUCAACUCACUUCCAGAGACUAUGAACAUAUGGGAUACAGAUCCGGCAUUCCAAAAUGUGUAUCAUGCUGUCCAUAAACUAGCUGACUUUCUUUGCGCUUUCGUCAUAUUUUUAAUCCAGCUCUUAGCCGAACGCAGAGCAUCUAUUUAA